AUGACGGAUGUACCGGAACAUAUGAAGGAUUUCGUCACGGCGAUGCAGCAGGUCUACCAGUUCCCCAUGACUGUGGAUGACAAGCUUGACUGGAAACCACCGCCACUGAAGGAUGGCCAUCUUGGUCGCUACUUAUGGAUUGACACGUUUGGUGUCCUCAAUUUCAUCACACUCUUCAAGGAGACAAAACAACCACACUUCCUAGUCUUGGCUGCGAUACUCGUGGAAACCGUACAUGACAUACUGGGUCGAACGCGGGACCUAUCUGCUCGACUUCCAGGAGCUUCGGAUCAAUCUCCGCUUGCGGGCGGACUGCGAAUAGGCAAGAAUGAAGCUUCCGGAGCCGAUGGGGAUGGACAAUACCAUCGCUACCUCACUUUGUGGAUGUUCGCGCUCAAUCGACUUUCCAUUGCGACGGGCGAGAUGGAUUACAACAAUCAAGCUGUAUCAUUAGCGAAGGCGAUACAUCCUGCAUUUGUGUACCAGCGAGAGGCGUUGCAUCCGCGUGUGGUCUGGUAA